AAUAAUUAAAACUUUUAAUAUUAAUAUUACAACAUGAGAGGAGUUGCGGUUACACUACUGGCCCUGUGUUUGGCCGGCGCUAACGGCGCGUCGCUGGAGCCCAGGCUAGAGUUGGUUGGCCUGAGGGCUGGCGGCCGUAUCGUCGGCGGUGUGGAGGCCACCCAAGAACAGGGCAAACACCAGUGCUCGUUGUGGGCGUCGGGAUGGUUUGGCACCCAGCACAUUUGCGGCUGCUCCCUAUACGGUGACAGUUUUGCCAUCACUGCCGCUCACUGUACCGAUGGAUUCACCAAAGAUGAUUUGACCGUGAAAUACGGCGGUCUGAACGUGAACUCUCUGGACAAAGCCGUACCCGUGGCCGAAGUGAGACAACACGAGAAGUACAACACUCCCCAAUUCGACAACGACUACUCGGUGCUCAAACUGUCUCAACCCACGGUCAAAGUGCCCGGACGUGUGGACACUGUUCAACUGGCCGACAGCGAACCGGCCAAUGGGGCCCCCUGUCAGCUGACCGGCUGGGGUAACACCCGGGGCGGCGACUCCGGCUCAUCGCCAGCCCUCCUGCAGUACCAACAGUUUUAG